UUCUUUAUUAACUACUACUCUAAUCCUGAUAAGGCUCAGAAAGACUCUAAGUUAUACUAUAUAAGGUCUAACCUGCCUCCGGAUACUAAAGUAUACAGAAUACUAUACCCCAGAGGUACUAUAAUUAGUAGAAGUAUAAUAGUUAAUACUACUAGGGACUUAUAUAACCCUAGUAAGGAUAAAGUUAUUAAGCUAUUACUCCGUAAUAGUAAUAGCCUUAAUAGGAAUUACUUUAAAAAGAACUAUAUUAUAGAAUAUACUCUAUACUAUAAUCAGAAGUAUUAUUACUUAAGCUCUAGAGCUUACCUUAAAAGUAUAAUUAAUAAAACUUAUUUUAAUAACUUAAAUUCUAUUAUUAGUAUUAAGUAUCUUAAGGGGGCUACUCUCUAUAAAGCUGAUCUAUACUCUUAUAAAGCUGAUAGCGGGAGUACUAUAGUUACAGUUAUAAAGAGAGAGGUUAUUAUAGUAGGAGGGGCUUUUAAUACUCUGUAG